AGCAUUACCAAGCAUCCAAGCACGCAAACAACGGGACAUAACGGGAAAGUGGUAGGACCAAAUAAAAAUACAAUGAUGGCGACAGCUGCAGAGGAUGUCUGCUCCAGCCGUCCCAUCUCAGAAAACACUGACACACCCGUGUCUUUCAAAAGCGCAAGGAAAAACCAGGACAGACCCUGGAAACUGAGGUUUAUUUAUCUGCAGUGCUAUUUUUUAACAAUUGCUACAAUUCUGGGGACUGGGAUCUUGGGAUUGCCAGUAACAAUAGCUCGAGCAGGGCUGCUACCUUUCCUGAUAUCUUUUCUCUUCGGCUUUCUAGUGCAGGCUUUGCUUAUAUACCUGUUUGUGGAGUUGCUGCAGAGAUGUCGUCUAGCCCAACUGGAGUCAAUGAAGCCUGUAGAGACGGAGAGAAUUUCAUUGGAAGAUGUUUGCUCUGAAGAGCAUCCGACCCUUAAUACAGAAGAGGAAGAAUAUGGAGAGGAAUUGGAGGAGGCAGUAGAUACGGGCCUUUUACAGAGAGAUGCCACAGCACGGAGGCAUAAAGAGGAACCUCAGCCAAAUCUGCACGUCCUGGGAGUUCUCUUCCUGGGAAAGCACACCAGCCGUGCCUUCAACUUUGUUCUCCUCUUUCAAUUUGUGUCUAUCGGGAUCAGUUACGUCUUGGCAGGAAGUGAGGCCUACGCUGCACUUUUUCAUACCAGUCAUACCUACGUGAUCCCCGUCUUUACGUGGACACUUUCGUUUGGUAUUCUCCUGGCCCAAAUGAUCAUUCAGCCCAUUACGUCACUGCUGACGCUUCUCAAAGGAAUUCUGCUGGUCAUAACGGUGGCCGUGACAUUUGUAGUGGGUUCAGAAGUUCACCAGGAGACCACAAAUGACUUCACCCAAAUCGGAAAACCUUUUCUAAUGGGAACAGUUGCUCUCGGUGGGAUAGUCAAUGUCAUGCCAUUUUUGUUUUCAGAAAUCUCCCAUGCAAAAACACAGGUAUUAUGGUUCAGGAGAGCUGUACUAGGAGGACUUGCCACAUGCACUCUCCUAAAUAUAUUAUGGUGUUGGGCAGUAUUAGAGAUUGUUCCCCAGAUGGCUAUGGAGACGGUGAUGGAGGACAGAGUCUUAAACAACAGCACAGGACAAGCAGAGAUGACUCAGUCUGUACACACAUUUGUCUUCUCCAACAUAUCCCUCGAGGGGUCAGAGAAGGCAGGAGAGAUAGCGACGAUACCUCUAACCAAGAUCAUAACGCAGAGGUACAGACGGUUCUCCUGGGUGGCAAUGCUGAUCCAGAUCUUCAUCACCAUCAGUAUAAGCGUCAGCUUCCUCGUGAUGGGCACCGCUAUGAAGCACACAAUCGAUGGUCUGGUCAGCACACACUGGAUGGAGAAUGCAGAAUGGAUGGUGAGAUUCAGUUCAAGACUAUUGCCCCAUAGCUCACGAUGGAGGACAUUAGCCCAGAGCUUACAGCACCGCAGACGGUUCUUCAGUGGCUUCGUUUCCUUUUUGGCUUUCGGUGUCAUUUUUGUAGUUUCGGCUUCCGAUCCAAAGGGAUUUUUUGUGAUGAUUGAUAAAGUGGUGUCUCUUUCCUUAAACAUGGAGGUGGGCUUGUUUAUCUUUCUGAUGCUGAGGACCUCCAGAUCGGAGCGAUUCAAACAUAUCACAGUGCCUUUGAUGGUGAGUGAGAGACUUUUCAGCCUUCACUGGCUGCUGCCCAUCUACUUCCUGUUCGCCGUUGCUUAUGACAUCUUCCAGAGCGUCCUAGAGAUCACAGUGAACGUGUCUCUUACGCUCCACGCCAACUCUUCUCUCCUUUGAGAUGCACAGAAAAGAAGACAUUUCUGACCGGAUAUCAGGUGGAAGACAGCUUGGGGGGAGGUGCCACAUUGCUCCGCUCCAGGACCUGACAGAGAGCAACAAGAAUGGCAAGUAUGAGAAGUAACAUGAGGACAAGAUCCAAACUGCCAAGAUUCCUGGAGGACCACGUGCUUUGGGCAACAGUUGUAGAUUUCCUGUAGCUCAACUGGUAGAGCAUGCUACAAGCAACUCAAAGGUCAUGGGUUUGAUUCCAAGAAAAUGCACAUCCUGGUAAAAUGUGUGUUUCUUGGACAAAGGUGUCUACUAACAAUGAGAACUGUUGUUAAGCAUUCACUGCUUACCUAAAUGAUGCAUGCAUUCUGAUUCUUAAUUAUUGUAACUUUACUGUCACAGAUAGAAAUAUUAAGUCUUUAGCAUCUCGCUCUGCCAUCUAUUUGAAAAAGAGGUCAUGAAUAAUGCUGAGGGCUGUUUUCAUGUGCUCUGGCACAGACACACAAACGUGCUGGGGAUGUUUAAUGAACUCAUUUACCACUGUUAAGGAGUGACACUAAAUGUGGUCUGACUGCCUGGAGCUACAGUGUGUUGGCCAGUCGAAUCUCCAUGCCCUUUGCUGAAUUACUGUAGUAUGAAUCACUUCAUUCAGCAGCAUGUUUAAACAGAGAUGAGGAAACGAAGGCCAAAUAGUGUGAUUUUUUUGCAUCAUGCCAUCUUUACCAACAAGAAACCUGAGAACGACCAUUAAAGGAACAGUUCAUCAAAAAAUGAAAAAUGUCUUUUGUUUGUUUUGUUUGACUAGAUGUCAUAUGAUAUUUUGUCACAAGAAACCCAAUUAGCAAUGAAAUUGGAAGUUAUUGACGUGUUGCCAUAUUUGAAUUUCACUCUUGUAUGAAUUUCUUUUGGUUUCAAUUUAGAUAAAUAAAGG